AUGGACUCAGCCCUCAGCGACCCGCACAACGCCAGCGCCGAGGCCGGCAGCCCGGCCAACGGCACCGCGCGGCCGCCCUCCACGCCCGAGGGCAUCGCGCUGGCCUACGGCAGCCUCCUGCUCAUGGCGCUGCUGCCCAUCUUCUUCGGCGCCCUGCGCUCCGUGCGCUGCGCCCGCGGCAAGAACGCCUCGGACAUGCCUGAGACCAUCACCAGCCGGGAUGCCGCCCGCUUCCCCAUCAUCGCCAGCUGCACGCUCCUGGGGCUCUACCUCUUCUUCAAAAUAUUCUCCCAGGAGUACAUCAACCUCCUGCUGUCCAUGUAUUUCUUCGUGCUUGGAAUCCUGGCCCUGUCCCACACCAUCAGCCCCUUCAUGAGUAAGUUUUUUCCAGCCAACUUCCCAAAUCGACAGUACCAGCUGCUCUUCACGCAGGGCUCGGGGGAGAACAAGGAAGAGAUCAUCAAUUAUGAGUUUGACACCAAGGACCUGGUGUGCCUGGGCCUGAGCAGCAUCGUCGGUGUCUGGUACCUGCUGAGGAAACACUGGAUUGCCAACAACCUCUUUGGCUUGGCCUUCUCCCUCAACGGGGUGGAGCUCCUGCACCUGAACAACGUCAGCACUGGCUGCAUCCUGCUGGGCGGCCUCUUCAUCUACGACAUCUUCUGGGUAUUUGGCACCAAUGUAAUGGUGACAGUGGCCAGGUCCUUUGAAGCACCAAUAAAAUUGGUGUUCCCCCAGGACCUGCUGGAGAAGGGCCUGGACGCGGACAACUUCGCCAUGCUGGGACUCGGCGACAUCGUCAUCCCAGGAAUCUUCAUUGCCUUGCUGCUGCGUUUUGACAUCAGCCUGAAGAAGAACACCCACACCUACUUCUACACCAGCUUUGCGGCCUACAUCUUCGGCCUGGGCCUCACCAUCUUCAUCAUGCACAUCUUUAAACACGCCCAGCCUGCCCUCCUGUACCUGGUCCCCGCCUGCAUCGGCUUCCCCGUCCUGGUGGCGCUGGCGAAGGGAGAGGUGACAGAGAUGUUCAGUUAUGAAGAGUCAAAUCCUAAGGAUCCAGCAGCCGUGGCAGAAUCCAAAGAGGGAGCAGAGGCCUCGGCGUCAGAGGGGCUGGAGAAGAAGGAGAAAUGA